AUGUUUGAAAAUAAAUCGAGAGCCAGUAGUAGUCAUUCCCACAGGGCCUUAAAUAUAAGCGGAACAGUUCUCCUUGGAACAACAGCUGGCAUCUCUGGAAUAUCAGCAAACUUGGUAUUCAUAAGUUGCUUCAAAGUCAGUUAUGAUACUUUGAAGACAUUUACAUCAUUGGCUACACUUCCAUUUUUAUCUUCAGUAGUUACUUACAAACUCCUUGUAACUGAUGCUUUGUGUUUAGGUAACAUAAGCAAGGAAAAUUGUGCCCUGAGAAGUUUGCUUGUUAGUAUAAUGUGUGGCGUGUUGCAUCCCACUGCUUUGGCUUUUUCUAAAAAUGGAUGUCUUGCAGUCAAGUACCACACAGUCCCACUGCCACCAAAAGGAAGAGUUUUACUCCACAGGGUGCUGUUUUGUCAAGUGGAUAUAAAACUAAUGAUGAUUCCUCUGAUCUUCCAGACAUGUUUUGGACUAUUUAAUGGUCUACAACAUUAUGCAAUAUAUGAAAGACCUAGAAAGAAACUACUGCCUGAAACUCUGAACUCAGGCACCUACUGUCGGGUAAAGGUCCCAAAAUUCCCACGGGGAAUCUCCACAGAAGUUUAAGCAUGCUCAAGCUUUAGUGGGUCAGACCCUGUGGGGUUGAUAACUCCUAAUCUACCCCCUUCCGAUUCUGCUGAUUACCUGUGGGCCUUUCUCCCCCCCCCCC